GAUCGCGACGACCCGUCGACCGACGACCACUCGACUGAGUGCCGUUCACCGUCGUUCAUCUCUUCGCUAGCCGUCCUGUGUGUUCGUUGUCUCCGCAGUUCGUACUUGUGAUAAUACCGACGGAACGCUGCGGCAGCACAGCAUUAAUUGUCACCGCGACAACAACAGCAGUAUUCCUCCUAGAUACCAUUAGGCUAUACCGAUAAAGACGAUUACGACGCUAGUGCCUGGUUAACUCGGCGGUGCUGCUGUUGUUGUUGUUAUGUCCAAUUGCCACAUACAAUUUCGACCCGAUUGUCAACGGAUCGCCUUUGCCUGACACAAUUCCGUCGUACACGAUCUUUAUACGCAUGUGAUGUCUAAUAAUGAGUUCACCGAGAAGUAAGCCAAUCGCAUAUCGUUCAUACUCGACCAAAACACAAUCAACAAAAGUGUUGAGUGGUGAAUAUAGCGGCAGUGAGAGUGAAUCAUUUGAUGACACUAACGAUGGACGCAGAACGGCAAUUAGACAAGAACCACAAGGACAAGAAACACAUAAAGACUUCAGUUUAUCAUCACCUUCCGCUUAUGAUACACUUAUCAUCCAUAACGAUGAUGGAACUAGGUUCAGUUCUGGAAUACCUAAAUAUCGUUAUGGGAAUAGGGAAGAAGUAAAAAAUCAAGGACAUAAAAAUGGUGGACGACAGACUGUUGACAUGGGAGUUAGGGAAAUAACCAAUAUACCAGAUGAUUAUCUCAAUCAAUCUCAUGUCUUAAAACAUCUUGCUAAAGAAGUUAAAGUGGAUCCAUCAAAACGUGACACUAACUUGUCUCGAUGGCAUGAUACUGAUAAAAAUAUAUGGUUACCAGAAUAUCGACCAGUUCCUAUUAGAAAUCUGGUUAAAUCUAAGUCUCAACCAAAUUUGGGUACAGGUUUGUUAAAAAUUGAACGUUCUGAAACAGAUCCCAUGAGACACACAUUAGGAAAUACUAGAAAAGAUCAAAAAAUGUUGUCCAUAGUGGACUGUUUGAUGAUGGAAAACAAAAGUCUGAAAAUAGAACUGGAAUCGUGCCAUCAAAAAGUUGCCAAAUCGUACAGGCUUGAACAAGAAGUUUCAAAGGUAUAUCGAUCUCACCAAGAACUUGUGGAAUCAAGUGAACGGCGGGAAAGACUUGAACGAACAGCUCGAUUAAAACUUCAAGCAGAAGUUAGGCGUUUACAAGAAGCCAACCGUGCUUUACGUGAACAAUCAUUGUCCUCCUCAAAUUUAGUAGAUUCUAAUCAAAUGGUAAAACGUGAGAACAUGAUAGCUCAAUUGAUAACCCAGAAUAAAGACUUAUUAGCAGCUAAAGACCGCCAAGAAAUUGAAUUAGCUGCUCAACGUGCUACAUUAGAAGAGCAACGUACUCAUAUUGAUAUUUUGGAUACUGCAUUAACCAAUGCUCAGUCUAAUGUUGUUCGAUUAGAAGAAGAAUGUCGUAAGAAGCAAGUUCACGUAGAAAGAGUUGCCCAGCUUCAAAGAGCAUUGUCUUCUCUUCAACUAGCAAGCGAUCGCCGUGAACAGACUGAGCGUAAACUUCGACUUCAGUUGGAGCGAGAAUUGAGAAAUGAACGUGCGCGCAAUAAUAAUGCUUCUCAAGAUGGUUCAACUGAAAAUGAACCAGGUGAAAGCUUACCUGAAUUAAAACGUAUGUUACGUGAAAAAGAUGAAAAAAUAAUGCGAUUAGAAGGUGAAGUUGCAAAAUGGGAACAACGAUACCUAGAAGAAAGUGAACUACGACAAGCUGCUAUUGAUGCAGCAAGUGUACCAAAGGAUGCGAAAAUAGCAGCAUUAGAAAAGACAGGUCAAGAAAGUGAAAAACUUAUUGCAGAAGCACGUUCAGACAAGUUAAAACAAAUGGAAGAAGUUCAUGCAGCACAAAAAAAAGUCAGCGAAUUGGAAUCGCGGAUGAAAGAGUUGGAAUCUAGAUUGGCCGAACGUGACGCAAUGAUCAGGGUGUUACAAAAAAAACAUAGUUUUGAAAAGGAUGUGUCUGGGUCAUAUCCAAGUAUAUGUCUUAGCCAUCACACUCCACAUUCAAGUCUUAAUACUACAGAUUUAACUUCUGAUGACCUUGGUUUUGGCUCAAAUAAUUCAUAUACAAGUAGUGUGGACAGUACUUACCAUCACCACCAUGGUAAUAAGUAUUCAUCUACAAAUCAGAGUUUUGACCAUAAAUCAUUAGAUGAUCAACUAAAAGAAUUGGACUCGCAGCUAUUGAACAAGGUAAACACUGUUGCAGAAUCAUCUUACACUGAUUCAGUUUCCGAUGUUGUCUAUUUGUUUUAAUUGUUAAAUAUUGUCUUGUUUAUCUUAAUAUAUAACAAACGUUUUUCGUUUUGUCUA